ACAACAUCAUUGCUUAUUAUGCUAUUGUUUCACGCAAGUUAGGAACAUGUGUACGGAAUUUGAGUACUGAUAUUUUAAAAAAGUUUCCUCUGUAGCCAGUAACAUACACCUAAUUCUCUAUUUACACGAAUUUUUUUUACACGAAUUUGAUUUAACACGAGUUAAAAAGAGAAAAAAAAUUUUUUUUUACACGAAUUGUUUUGUUUUAACACGAUUUUCAAUAUUUUAUGAAUUUUUCUUGAAUCUCAUAGAGCAAAUCGGAUUCAUUGUUUGGGAUUUUUGUUUUAGCAUAUCGGUUUAGGUUAUUUGUUUAGGAUCUUAGAAUAUCAGCAUGUAAUCGCAUCUAUACAGGAUGAGCGGCUUUGGGCUGUUAUCGUGUACAGCUGUUGCUAUAAAAAUAUGUGUAUAUGAGUGGGAUUCCCCGAAUUAUGCAUAGAGUAAAGACGUAAUGUACUUUUUACGCAAUUUAGUUUGGUUUUGAGAGUUGAAAAGAAAAGGCGCUUAGUUGUUGUGAGUAUUUAAAACAUUAUAAGUAAAAUAAAGUUAGUGCUCGUAUAGAUUUAUUAACUCAAUAACAGCCUUAACACAAUGUCACAUAAUUCACCUGUAAUAAAAGCCAAGAGGAAGGCGAUCAGUUUAGAUACUAAAAUUAAAAUUUUAGAUCAACUUACAACAGGACAAGGAGCAACGGCUGUAGGAAAGCAUUUUGGUAUUCAUGAAGCUACCAUAAGAACGAUCAAGAAAAAUGAAACUGCGAUUAGAAAAUCGGUAUGUUCUGGAACGAAAAUAAGUGCUAAAUCAUCGUCAUACAUAAGAUAUGUUGUCAAAGAGAAGAUGGAAAAAGCUUUGGUAAUGUGGAUUGAAGAUAAAUCACAAAAAAGAAUAACAGUAGAUGGAAUUGCUAUCAAGCAAACUGCAUUAAGAAUUUAUAAACGUAUUAAAGAAGUUGAGCCAGGCACUUCAUCUCAGUCAAAACAACCCGAAUUUUCUGCAAGUACAGGUUGGAUGACAGGUUUUCUUAAACGACAUGCUCUCCAUAAUGUAAAAAUUAAGGGAGAAACUGCGUCUGCAGAUGAAUUGGCUGCCAAAAAAUUUCCUGAAAAACUUAGAAAAAUUAUUGAAGAUGGAGGAUACACCCCAGAUCAAGUUUGGAAUGUAGAUGAAAGUGGCCUCUUUUGGAAAAAAUGCCCAGCAGAACUUAUGUUGCAAAAUCGCAGAAAACUGCCGGUGGUUUAAAAGUAGCAAAGGACCGUGUAACAUUGUUGUUUUGUUCCAAUGCUUCAGGAGAACGUAUGUUAAAACCACUGCUAGUAAAUCGUGCUUAAAGACCACGCUCGAUGAAAAGUGUAGAUUUCAAUAAACUGCCAAUUCACUGGACAGCAAACAAAAAGGCAUGGAUGACCAGUGCAAUCUUUACAGAAUGGUUCCAGAAAUACUUCAUUUCAGAAGUUAGACGCUACAUGAAUGCAAAAUGUCUAGAAUUUAAAGUUCUUUUAAUUCUAGACAAUGCACCUUGCCAUCCGCUCUUGGAGCACCCAGAUGUGCAAUUUUGCUAUCAUCCGCCUAACACUACAUCCUUAAUACAACCGCUAGACCAAGGGAUCAUUGCUACUUUUAAAAAGUACUACAUAAAACGUUCAUUCCAAUACGUGGUAGACAAACUAGACCAUAAUGAGGAUUUAACAGUCAUUGAUAUGAGGAAAAAAUGUUCUAUUAUUGACUGCAUUAAUCAAGUUGGGUUAGCGUUAGCUGACUUAAAGCCAUCAACCUUGAACUCAUGUUGGAAAAAUAUUUGGCCAGAAUGUGUCAAAAGCAAAGAUCCUGAACCUGUCAUCCAUAAUAACGCUGUUUUUACUGACAUCACAACGCUGGCACAUACAAUUGGUGGAGAUGGAUUCGAUGAUCUAUCAUUUGCCGAUAUAGAGGAAUUAUUAGCUGAUAAAAGCUUGAGCGAAAAUGAAAUUAUAGACCUCACCCUUGAGACUCAUCAAGAGAGAGAACACAGCGAUAAUGACGAAGAAGAUCCUCCCAUUUUAAAUGCAACUCUAAUUAAAGAAGGUCUUGAUCUUGCCAGAAAAUUAGGUAAUCAUUUUCAACAACAUGAUCCUGAUGAGGAACGAGCUGCAAAAUUUCAACGUGAACUGAAAUCAUUAAUGGCAUCUUACAGGGAACUUUAUAAAGGUUUAUCACGAAAUCAAACACAAUCUUUAAUGACUGAUUUCCUUCUAAAAACUACUGAAUUAUCAACACAGGAGCCUAGAGAUGAUAAUCCAGAAACAAUUUCACAAGAUGAUGAACAAAAUAAUUCUAGUGA